UAAUUUCUCUCCAGUAUAAACAUACAAAACACGUGUUGGCGUGUAGAAGGUGCGUGUUACUAUAGGCCAUGUUGCAUUACAAUCUGCCAGACUGUUCGUGCGUCAAUUGUUUUUAUAACUUCGAUAACGUUGUAACCCCUGUUAUCGGCGUAUCCCGGAACGUCUGUGAACUAGAAGCUAUGAGGAUCUGUUAGGUAACAAUGCGAGGUAGUGUAUGUUCAAUGCAUUCACUCUCUAUAUAAACGGCAGACGAGUUCCAUACAUUUUAUUUCACAUUCCACUGUCAACUCGACAAUUAGCAACAGCAUUGUUAAGCGUCCGGGUCAAUCGCAGAUCAUAUUACGCUAAACUUAUUGAUACUCUGGCACAACGCACACGCGGUCGGUACUCGCGCACUGCGUUUCGCACAGUUGCCAUUUUUAUGUGUGAAAGUGUUUGUACACAAGAUGUAUAACAGAACAAGUGCAACGUUGAUGCUGCAGACAAUCAUGGUGUUGAUGGAUAAACAGAAUUCUACGGACGUCACUAACUUUCCAGCCAGUUUUAGUGAGGACUAUGAGUUGGAACGGUGCUAUGGAAUCUACGGUUGUUUCUCUAAAGCAUAUCCAUGGACGGAGCAUCGGCCGGACAAUUACUUUCCCGUCUCACCUGAAUCAAUGGCAGUGAGAUAUGCGACAUUCACUCGAAGGAACAGGAAGAUACCGGUAAUGUUGCACGCGGACAGCACGGACAAGGUGCGGAAUGCGAAUCUCGAUCCGCGCGGCCCGUUCUACUUCUUGACGCACGGAUUCUUGGAAGGCGGUCAUAAACUCUGGAUUCAAAACAUGGCCGAAGCACUUCUCAACAUCGAAGGAAACGAAGCGGCAACGGUGGUCAUAGUGGACUGGCGCGGAGGGUCUCAGCCGCCGUAUGGGCAAGCCGUGGCCAAUAUCAGGCUAGUCGGGGCUAUGACGGCGCAUUUAAUACAUAACAUUUAUGAUAUACUUGCAUUACCGCACAUUGACAAUUUCCAUUUCGUUGGUCAUUCGUUGGGUGCGCAUUUAGGAGGUUACUGCGGACACGAAUUACAAAAGAGAUAUAACUUGAAACUGGGCAGGAUUACCGGUCUCGACCCUGCGGCCCCCUACUUUAGUAAAACUGUAACGUUGGUGCGUCUAGAUCGGUCGGAUGCUAAGUUCGUCGACGUUAUACAUAGCAACGCAAUGCCACUAUACUUCUCAGGUUUUGGCAUUUCGGAGCCAAUUGGUCACGUGGACUUUUAUCCCAAUGGUGGUUCUACGCAGCCAGGGUGUAAGAAAUCCGACUCGCUGUAUGAAGGCGCUUCGUACCAACAAGUGGUGAGGUACGUGGGCUGCAACCACGAGAGAAGCCACGAGUAUUUCCUAGAGAGUAUUGCGCCUAGCUGCCCCUUCAUGGCGAUACACUGCGAGUCAUACGAAGCCUUCCUGGCGGGCAAAUGUACAAAUUGUGACACAAAACACUUCUGCAUUCCAAUGGGGUAUCAUUCGCCGGGCAUUUACAGACGGCUGCAAAUGGGCGGUCUGGUUGAUUCCAAUUCUCAUGUGUCACUGUACUCGCUCACGGGCAGCUCUAAACCAUAUUGUAGAGUGCAUUAUGAAGUUGUAUUAAAAGUAUCGAAUACAACGGAGAGCCGAAAGCACGGUCCCGAAUCAGGAAAACUAUCUAUAAUACUGGUAGAUAGGAAUGACAACAGGAGUGAUAUCAAAUACUUGAACGAAGACCAAAAAUAUUACAAGCCAGGUGAAAUCGAAACAAAAAUGAUUGCUGUUAAGGACACCGGCCACCCGCCUAUUUAUGUGAUAGUGGAAUGGAAAUAUGAAGCUAAUUUAUUCAAUCCAAUGACGUGGCGAUUACUUAAAUCUCCGAGUAUUUACAUCGAGUAUAUGAAGCUAUCGUCGAUUGAAUAUAACACCGACAUAACUGUGUGUCCCAAAAUGAACAAACCUGUUGUCGCCAAUCUGCCUACGAUUAUGAUGACUAAAUAUUGUAAAUUUCGGAAGUAAACAAUGAACCCAGAUAUCCACUAAUGGCUACUAAAAGUAUUCUAAUAGUAUUCAAAUAUUUUAAGUUAAAUACUACGAACAUUCGUUGGUAAAUUGUAGGCGAGGCACAUUCAUAGAUCAUAGUAUAUUUUUAUCACUAAACAUUUUUAUAUGUAAGAUAUUUAUUUAAUUAUGUAAAUUCAGAUAAAA